AUGACAUUUCAGCUUACAGGACAGAUUGCAGAAAACCUUGGGGAAGAAGAGCAGUUGGUCCAAGGCUUAUGUGCCCUUCUGUUGGGUAUUUCAAUUUACUUCAAUGAUAACUCACUUGAGAACUACGUGAAUGAGAAACUAAAACAACUAAUAGAGAAGAGGAUUGGCACAGAGAAUUUCAUAGAGAAACUAGGAUUUAUUAGCAAACAUGAACUGUACUCCAGAGCAUCACAGAAACCCCAGCCAAACUUUCCCAGUCCAGAAUACAUGAUAUUCGAUCAUGAAUUCACAAAGCUGGUACAAGAACUUGAAGGUGUUAUAACUAAGGCUAUUUAUAAGUCCAGUGAAGAAGACAAAAAGGAAGAGGAGGUAAAGAAAACAUUAGAGCAGCAUGACAACAUCGUGACUCACUAUAAAAAUAUGAUUUGA